CUGUUAUGUGAUAACAAAAAAUGUAACAAAGAAAGUGAUCAGUGGGCUGUUGUGCAGUUCGAAAAUGAUGAUGAUUCGCAAGGAAUUGAAAUAUCGACUGUGCCAAAAAUAUGGACAUUUAUUGAUGGUAUUAAAGGAACCCAUUGCCUAUGGCCAACAUCGAAUCCUAGAAAGCACAUUCUUCUUCAAACCAGACCAGAAAUCCACUGGAAGGCAUACCAAAUAAAAAUGUUGUUUGAAUGUGAACAAUACGAGGAGGCCUUGGAGUUUGAAAAUAGAAAAGAACAAAUCACGGAUUCAUCAGAAAAUGAGAUGAAUAGUCAUUUGAGCAGACAAGGAAGAAAAAGGAAGAUUCCUAAAAACUAUGAUUUUACUGAAGAUAUUGAGAAAGAUUCUUCUGAUUGGUCUAUUGCCAGACCUCCAGAACUACCCACUAUUGAUAAAGAUGGACAGAGUAGGACUUCAACAACUAGUACCAGAAGUCUUGAUGAGGAUUUUUUGAAGAUGCCUCCUCCACCCCCAGUCACUAAUGGAAAAGUGAUCAAUACAAAUGUAGUGGAUGCUGAUAGCAAUUACCAUCAUGCCACAGAAAACAACACUCAUGAUGACCAUAGGCAUCACAUUGCUGAAAGAGAAGAGAAUGAUAAUUCGAAAUCCUCCAAGGAAUACUCAGGAUGUUGUGAUCAUGGAAGAAUUUCGAAGGACAUUUUGGAGAAUAGUGUUGCUGUUAGGACCAUUUUGGAUGAACAUCGGCGGAUUUUGGAAAAUAUAGGAACUAAAGGUGAAGGUAGACCCACCAUCAUAACAGACUUCGAAACGGUGCCAAAGAAACCUUUCAGUUUAAUGAGAAAACUUAUGAAGUAUGAAGAUAUACUAAGAAAUUCAGAAGAAGCGGAAAAACAGUUGGAAACCGCGUUUUUUAUAAUAGGAGGCGAUGCAAACAAUUCAAUCAGAAGAGGUCUUGGGAAAUAACUCAGCAAUAAAUUGGCCAUAAAAUGUUCUUUCUAUGGAAGGAAGGGUAAUUAUACCCUCAAAGACUUGAAGUGUGUAACUAUUCUAAGAGAGGCAUUAUGAAAGCGAUUUGGACUUUCUUUUAGUGACAAAGACUUUCAGAAUACAAUUGCUCAGUGGUUGAAGCAAGCUAGUUUGAGAUAUGUAAGAGAGCAAAGAAAAUUGGAAACGACUGAGUAG